UCCAUGAUUUCUCUCUCUCUCUUUGGGGGAUUGAGACAGAAGAAACACGUCUAUCACCCCAUUCCCCAUCCUUCCCAAAUCAGGAAACUAUUUCCUUUUCCAUCCUCUACUACAAAUCUCUCUCUCUCUCUCUCUCAUGGAAGGCUUAGCCAAUGAACGUCUUGAUUUUGGGAAGAUGGGCUACGGAUGCCAACAUUACAGAAGGAGAUGCCAGAUUAGAGCUCCAUGUUGCAACGAGAUCUAUCCAUGUCGCCAUUGUCAUAAUGAGGCCACGAGCAUUUUGAGGAACCCCUUUGACCGGCAUGAGCUGGUUCGGUACGAUGUUAAGCAAGUUGUUUGUUCAGUUUGUGAUACAGAACAACCGGUUGCUAAAGUUUGUACCAACUGUGGCGUCAACAUGGGGGAAUAUUUCUGUGACAUAUGCAAAUUCUUUGAUGAUGAUAUUGAGAAGGGGCAAUUUCAUUGUGAUGAUUGUGGAAUCUGCAGAGUAGGUGGUCGCGAGAAUUUCUUCCACUGCCAGAAGUGUGGAUCUUGCUAUUCAAUUGUUCUACGUGACAAUCACUUGUGUGUGGAGAACUCCAUGAGGCAUCACUGCCCAAUUUGUUAUGAGUACCUUUUCGACUCCUUGAAAGAUACAACCGUAAUGAAAUGUGGGCAUACAAUGCACUGUGAAUGCUACAAUGAGAUGAUAAAACGUGAUAAAUACUGUUGCCCCAUAUGCUCCAAGUCGGUGAUCGACAUGUCCAAAACUUGGAAGAGAAUAGACGAGGAGAUCGAACAGACCGUUAUGCCUGAGGAUUAUCAUUCCAGAAAGGUUUGGAUCCUGUGCAACGAUUGCAACGAUACUACCGAAGUUUACUUCCAUAUUAUUGGUCAGAAAUGCAGGCACUGCAAAUCAUACAAUACUCGCACAAUUGCCCCUCCAGUUCUUCCUCAAUGAUCCCAUCUUGUAACAUGGAAGGAGAAUUUUCAUUGCAUUUCCCAAUCAAAUACAUACUUGUUGGUCAUCAUACUCAUCUUGUUUCGUCUACUAUUAUUGUAUUUUGAUUCAAACUACUGUAACAAUAUUUAUGUGUGCCUCAAAGCCUUUUUCCCUGGCUAUUUUUCCUCAAAUUCAUGGGGUUAAAAAUCCCCAAGUAACCUCUAUUGGGUUUAUGUAAACAUAAUCUUAUAUAUAUAUUGUAAUACAGGGGAUAAUUCUUCCCUCUUAUAUGGAGAAAAAGGAGAAAAAGUACCAAUGUGUUAGCCGAUCCUAAUCACUUGAGAAAA